AUGCCACCGCACCAAGGUGGCUACGGUCCCCAUCCUGGGGCCAGCUAUUACGGUAGUCCUUCUCCACAUCAUGCUGCUCCACCGUACCAUCACUCGGGCCAUUACGGGCCGCUGCCUCCAUCGCAUCCACAUCACCACCAACAGCCGCAACAGCCUCCUCAGCACUACCAACCACAGCCACCUCCGCCACCGCAGCAGCAUGCCCCCCCAUCUGCUGGGCCACAUCAUCCUUCAGGACUUUCAAUCCAUCCUAGCUGGCCUGGCUAUCCACCCCCGCCUUCUACGGCAGGUGCGGUCUACUCGGGUUCCCCACACUCCACUCUUCAUCAUCCAUCUGGUAGUAGCUCUGCUGGAACUGGCCCAAAUGGUGGUCCUGGCGUUCCACCUCCAUCACACCUCAUACCUCCUGCUCCUCCCGGUGCAGGGAUGUCUCUUAGUGGUCCGUCAGUACAUAGUCAACCACUUUCAAUGCAGAUGCCACCCCAUUCUCAUCAUCCGCAUCACCCUCCACACCAUCAAAGUCAGACACAGCAGAUGGGCGGACCCCCAAAAGAGGAUGCCCUUUCUGUUGCUCCUCCACAGUCAUCAGCGACUUGUAUCAGUGGGAGCAGUAGCCGGCCACCUUCUGUAAAUGGUUCAGGUCCCUCCGGCCCACCUGGAGUUGGCAGUGUGCAGCAGCAGUCACAGCAGUUACGUCAAACCGCUACACCUACUCCGACUUCUAGCUAA